AUGUCUUCUACCGGCCACAAACAGCUUCCCAGUACCUACAAGGGGCUUCUCUUCACCUCAGCAUCUGUGCAGCCAGAGGUAACAUCGAUACCCACCCCCCAAGUCGAUGUAGGCUCCAUCAUUGUGAGGCCGCUGUACAGCUGGGUAGCAGCCUACGCCGACGAGAUCUACACCAACGGCAACCCGCGAGGCAUGAACUUGCAGUUCCCCAUUGUCGGUGGCGCCAACGCCAUCGGCCGCGUUGCAGCUGUCCCAGCCGACGCCGCCAGCCUCAAGGUUGGCGAUCUCGUGACCAUCGAGCCCCUGAUCCGAGCACGCGAUGAUCCAGAAUCCAAGUUUUUGCUUGCAAUGCUGUCCGGCUUUACAUCGGGCGCCCAGAAGAUGUCAGCCGAUGUCUAUCACCACGGCACCUGGGCUGAGCUGGUCAAGGUGCCUCUCGAGAAUGUGCACCGUUUCGAUGAGGCCGCCCUCCAGCGACAGGGCGUGACGCCCCGCGAUUUGGGGUUCUUCGGGCAGCUUGCUGUCCCGUAUGGUGGCCUACGCGACGUGAACCUUACCGCUGGUGAAACCGUCCUCAUCACGGCUGCGACGGGCAAUUUCGGAGGCGGCGCUGUGCAUGUCGCGCUCGCAAUGGGCGCAAGCGUUAUAGCCAUGGGUCGCAACGAAGCCAUCCUCAGCGAGCUGAAGAAGCUGGCGCCUGGAAGGGUCGAGACGGUCCAGCUCAGCGGAAGCUUCGAGUCAGACGUCGCCGCCCUGGAGAAAUUCGGACCCGUCGACGUCUUCCUCGACUUCACCCCGCCCCAAGCGACGAACACCGAUCACAUCCGCGCCGGCAUCAUGUCUGUGCGUCACGGUGGGAGGGUUAGCCUUAUGGGCGGCAUUCAGGAACUGACUGUACCGUACAUUCUGAUCAUGCUGAAGGGCCUCACGCUGAAGGGAACGAUGAUGUACACGCGCGCACAAGCCCAGGACCUGAUCAAGAUGAUCGAGACGGGUGUCUUGAAGCUGGGAGAGAAGGCAGGCCUCAAGGUUAAAGGCGUGUUCAGCCUCAGGGAUGGAGAGAAAGCUAUCGAGGUAGCUGGGAAGGAGGCUGGGGCUGGUCGGGCUGUGUUCAUUGCCCCGAACGAUGAGUAA